AUGGAUUGCAGCCAGGCACUGUUUGGUGGUAACUGCAGAGCUGCAGAAGGGGAAGCCGCUGCAUUGGAUAUUCUGAGGCAGGCCAUUCCCCAGCUGGGUGCUGAUGGAUCUCUGCAUGGCAGUGGAACUGCAGUAUCCUGCAUCAAGGUGGAAGAGGCAGGUGGAGGCGAACUGACCAACAAGGUAGUGGUGGGACCUGUGCCAGGCGCUUUCAAUAAAUUCAAUGCAUCACAGUUGCCUGCAAGGGUGAAAACAAGCACCAGCACUGCUGAUGCCACUGCUGUUGUUGGAGGGCAGUGCUCCAACCAACAAGGGCCAGUUGUUGAUGACCCAUGCAGGUCAAUUCUGGACAGCCUGGGUGGGUCACCUCUUGCAGCCCCCGAGGGGUAUGGCCAUCAGCGCUCGCAAGAUGCUGUCCCCAUCAAGGCGGAGGUUGCUAAGGAAAUGAAGAAGACGGGACCAGUAGGUUUGGAGGUGCGAGGCAACGCAAACCAUGGCCCCCACCCCUGUUGUGGGAGUCUCUACCAGGAUGGCCCCCCUGGGCCACUGGGGGCUGGGAUGUUGACCCUGGGCACUUCCAGGCUUAUUCAUGAUCCUCAACGCUUCCACAGUCGCGACGCGGAGGCAACACAGGGGAUGCCAUCUUUCGUGGGUAUCCCGGGUAGUUCUGGAGUUAUCACAGAGGGUUGUUGCAGCAUGGGUGGCAGGUGCAGGGGGUUGGAAAGCGACUGUGAUGCUGUGAUGAAUGCCCCACCAGCUGGGCUGUCGACAUUGCCUCAAGGGGCAGAAAAUGAAAGAGGGGCCACAGCCAGGCAAGAUCCCCCAACUUGCGUGCUGGGUGGAUGUUCCCAUCAGGCCAGCAGCCAGAACCUGGCCUCCCUGCACCAUAUUGUCCUGGCCAAGCCAAACAGGCGCAAGACCUUGGUAGAGCCCCGACUGGCUGCCAUCAGGUCCUUGAUGCGCCGCCCCAGUGUGCGUGCCGUGGGUGCGCGUAUUGGGGCAUCCCCAGGCAUCCUCCACGGGGUUGAAGUAUACAAGAGGUCUACAGGCUUGAGGAAGGCGUUCAAAAGUCGGAUGGUUUGUAAGGGGCAUAAGCUGACUAUGGGUACUUUUGAAGACCCUUUGGAUGCAGCCAGGGCCUACGACCUUGUUUUGCUGGCAUUGCACAGUUCUGCUUCAAUCCAUAAGCGGCUGAACUUCAAUCGGAGCCAGUACUCGCUGUCAGACAUUGAAAGGAUGCGUGGCAUCUGCCGGCGGUAUCCAUAUCUCCCAACUCAGAGGGUCCAACGCAGAGGGUCAACACAGAGGGUUUCAUCAAUUUUGAACACUAGCAAGAGCAACGUGAGAUUCAGGCGCAAAAGACUCCCCAGGGCCUUCUCACAUCUCUCUGAUCGGAGCAUUACACCUGAAUGCGACUCAGAAACAUUUGCAGGCAUUGAGGAUGGGAUGGCAGAUGAUUGGAAUAUGAUGGUGAGAGAGCUUGUGGACAAGCCUUCUGUGCAGGCUGUUUGCAAGAGAGCGAAUGAGGAGCAAGGUGGCUGGUAUUGCGCAGAGCAGUGCGGCAUUCAGCCACAACGGUUCAGAGCAAGAAUCACUUACAAAGGCUGCUCCUUUCACCUGGGAACCUUCUCCACCAUUCAAGAUGCUGGAAAGGCAAGUGAUCUUGCGAAGCUCAGCUUUGGACUUAUGAACCGUUUCCUGAAUUUUGAGCCAGGUCAGUACACAAAGUUGGACAUUGCACGAAUGCAAGAGCUCAUGGCGAUGAAGAUGUUCAGUGAUGGAAUCUUGGAAGCAGCCCCCUGCUUGCAGGGUGCACUGGCAAGCAAGGCAGAGGGCAAGCCAGAGGUGCUAGACAAAGCCCAUCAAAGCCAACUUCAACAGACCCUUGCCCACCUGCUUCAAUUGACCCCUGGCAGGCGUCAACGUUACCCUGCAAGAGUUUCCUAUAAGGGCCAAGACUUGUACUUGGGAGUGUUCGAAAGUGCUGACGAUGCUCAGAAGGUCAUGGACCUUGCCAGGCUGGGACUGGGAACUAGACAGAGCACUUUCAGCUUUGAUAAGACUCAAUACCAGAGGGAGGAUGUUGCUGUGAUGAGGGACAUCUGUGCAUCAUUGCUGGCCAGACGUUUCAAGAGCGUUGAGGCUGAGGGCAGUGUGGCAGGCAUCAGCAAUCGCCAGAGGUGA